AUGCUUUUUAUUGAUAAUUCAACUGUAAUUCAUACUACAAUAUACUUCUCACCAUUUUAUCAUUUUUUUGGAAAAGUGAUCAAAAUAACAGGGGUAAUAUACUGGAGUAGACAUGACAUAUUUAAGAGCAAUGAAGUGUUUGACGUAGACACAAGUCGAAUAGCUGAACUAACAUCAGCAAAAGUGUCAACCUUGUCAAUGGGAAUGUUUGAGACGUGA